UUUGUGGUCAAUAAUGUACAUUUUUGAAGCAAUAUUUUACACAACUCGUCGCGUAUUCUACAGGUAUGAUUGGAAAGCCACCGGCAAGAACCAGUGCCACCCGAACAUUGAGUACGUUCCAAUGAUCUGGGGCCUCGGUUCCAUGAACUCCAUUACAUCAAUUCACGGAGAGAAGUACUUGUUAGGCUUCAACGAACCAAACUUCCACGCCCAGUCUAACAUCAUGCCGGAGACGGCCGCUGAAAAAUGGAUGGAGAUCCAGAAGAAAGUGCCCUCUAGCGUCAAACUGGUCAGCCCGGCUGCCGCCCCCUGUAACCCCAAGACGGGCCAAUGCAGCAUGCAGUACAACGAGUGGUUCUCCCGGUUCUUUGCUAAGUGCAAACAGCUCGGCUGCCGCAUAGAUUACGUGGCCACCCAUUCCUAUACCUGCAACGCCAAUUCCCUCAUGGGCUUCUUGACCGCCGUGCACAACCAGGUGCAGAAGCCAAUAUGGUUGACAGAAUUCGCCUGUCCCAACACAAACAAUAAUGUAGCUCCGAUUAUGUCCUUCAUGCGCGCGGCGGUGCCCAUGCUAGAGAAGUCGUCCUUCAUCUUCAGAUAUGCCUGGUUCGAGAGCCGACUUUCGCACGCCCAAGGUCAUUUCCUUGGCACGUCCACUAGCAUCCUUGACAAUAGCGGAAAGCUUACCCAUCUUGGUCAACUUUAUCUGAGCUUGUAACUGACUGACAGUAGAUUUAAUUUGCUGGUUGUUGUCAAGUUUUGUUGACUCAGAUAUCCGUUUGACUGAAAUAAUAAAUGUGCAUCACUGUGACCAUCAGUGGUUUUGUUUAUUUAUUCUUGGUUAACUGGAUUUCUUGAAGUGGAUGUGUUUAAUUGAAAUAUGCAAAGUUAUAAAUUUUCUCAGUUUCUUUUGUUCACUUUCUA